AUGUGGGCACUGGACAAGAAAAAUGACAACUGCGUCGUGUCUCCUCUAAGGAUCCUGCUGCUGGGGAGAACUGGUUCUGGAAAGAGUGCCUCAGCAAACACCAUCCUGGGGAGGAAAGCUUUUAAAGAGGGUGGCUCAUUUGAAUCUGUGACCGAAACAUGCAGUAAUCAACAUACUUUAGUGAAUGGUAGAGAAAUUACAGUGAUUGAUACACCAGGAUUGUUUGAUACAGUAAAGCCAACAGAAGAGCUUAAUGGUGAGAUAGAGAAGUGUGUUGAGAUGUCUGUCCCUGGGCCUCAUGCCUUCCUGCUGGUAAUCAGAUUAGGUGUGAGGUUCACAAAAGAGGAGAGGAAUGCUGUGAAGUGGAUCCAGGAGAACUUUGGUGAGGGGGCGCUAAAGUACACUAUAGUGCUCCUCACUCAUGGGGAUGUGCUGGAGGGGACACCAGUGAAGGAUGUUCUGUGCAGAAGUGCUGCUCUCUCAUCACUAACUGAACAUUGUGGGGGUAAAUAUCACGUCUUCAACAAUAAGAGUGUUACGCCCCCUGGUGGCUCGGAGUGGGACAGUAAAUACAGCACUCAGGUCAGAGAGCUAAAGGAGAAAGUUGAGGCCAUGGUGGAGAAGAAUGGGGGAGCAAACUACACCAGUGAGAUGUACAAAAAGGUGCAGAGAAAAAUAAGAGAAAAGGAGGAGAGGGAAAGAGAAGAGGAAAGAAAGAAAAAACAAGCAGAGAUGAAGUUAGAGGAGGAGAGGAGAAAGAGGCGAGAGGCACAGAUUAAGGCCGCAGAAGAAAGGAGGCAGAGAUUCGAGGCAGAGGAGAAGGCCACGGAAGAAAGGAGGCAGAAAUUCAAAGCCGAGGUGGAGGUUGAGGAAAAAAACUGCCAAAGAUUUGAAGCAGAGGAGAAGGCCGCGCAAGAAAGGAGGCAAAAAUUUCAAGCAGAGGAGAAGGCUGUGGAAAAAAGGAGGCAGAGAUUCAAAGCAGAGGAGAAGGCAGCAGAAUAA